AUGAUGCAACUGCAGUACGACAAACAUGGAGUUCUGAAGCUGAGUUUGUCAAAUCCUAAGGCGCAAGUUUUGUUUCCAACCGGUCAUUACACUUACGCUUUUGGAAACACGCCAGGGAUAAAUUUAGCAGAGUACUUUAGAACGUCUAAGAGUGAUGAAAGUCUUGAUUUUUUAUUGCUUGGUACAGGAGACAUUCGAAACCUCCUGUUCACAGUUUCAGAGCUUUACCAACGACUACAAUCACAAAUCCCAGCUUCGCUUCACUUUAACUUGAAUGAUCAUGAUCCGUCAAUAAUCGCUCGAGAUGUUAUCAUUCUAGAGACUGUGCGAUCGAUCGACCCAAAUUGUGACUUGGAUAUGGAUUUUUUGUGGAAUUUAUGGUAUAACCUUUCACUUUCUAGCGACGAAUUAAAGCGAUUGCAAACGAUUUUGCAGACACUUUCAUCACCUAAGCAAGAUGACGUUAAGUCGCAGUUUGGGUCUGUCACCUUGUUUACAAAGUGUCUACAAAUUUGGAAAGACUGGCUUCACUUAGAACUGGAUAUUGAUAAUGUAUCGCUUCAACGGCGAAGAUUGAUGGUGACAGGGCUAAAUUUGGCACAACAGGAAACCCAGGAUGCUCAACAGGACCACUUUAAUUUUAUAACAGCAGUAACCUCAUUGACAAACACAACAGUUAAACAGCUAUUUACGCCGACAGAUGAACACAAGCUUGGUCGCAAAUGCCUUCAUGAGCGUGGCUUUGUUUAUAAAGAAAUCUAUUCAUAUUUUUUGAGCGGUGUUACACCGGAAGUUCAAAACAGUCCAAAAGUAAACCCAACUCUCAUUCGCCCAUUUGAGCACAAAUGGAAAGUGCAUUAUGGGAGCUGUCCGUUUUCCGGUUUUAUUCCAAUUGAUAGGUAAGUGGUUCCUUUGGUAAAUUUUGUUUUCACAAGAAUGAAUAGAAUGAGAGGGAUGACAAUGUUCGAACUCGAUCUCUUUACUCGACAACUGAGCCAGAGUUUACUUUUUAUUUCAUUUUCCGAUUUACGCGUACGCAUUGCUGAUCCUAGCACUGAGUUCGUAAGACGCUUGUCACAUAUAAACAAACUGAUCCUCAAGCUCACUGUUGAGUACUCAGUAACUCGUGAUAGAGCAUCGGAGCACAAAAUCUGAAGGGCAGGGGUUCGAUACUUCGUAGGGCACUAAGAUUUUUCUUUGCUCUACACACGUGAAGAGACGAACAACUCUCUCAUUACGUUUUUAAUUCGUGUACAAACGAGUUUUAAGUUGUAGGUGUUGAAUAGAUGUAUUAAUGGAUGAAUAGCUUUCAUCUGCAAUACAAUAAACAGCGUCUUUUAAAAUUGAUUCAGUUAUUUUAAUCAAUGUAUCAUGUCUAAAUACUUAUAUAUAUCUAUAUCUUUUUUUUUGGUUGUUUGUUUAUUUUUUUUUAUCACAGGCAUAGGCUCGAAAUUAAGAAAUGCAUAACAAAAGUUUGUAAGGAAAAACUCAAGGAGUUGAUGAAACAUUUCCAAGGCUUCAUUAAAAGUAAAACGAAACAUCUUCCAAUACAGGUGCACAUUAAUGUAAUGAUAUCAAGGUUAUUGCAAUGUACCAAUGCUUUCCUUACACUAUGUAUGCAGAACUCUUGGCUUGUUCUAGUUCCGUUUACUUAUGGUCCCGGUCAGACAAUCCAUUUUGUAGCCUCCUGAUAAUUCCUUAUUGAACUUUGCACCCUCAUCAAUCUGAACGGUUAUGAAUGAGCUUAUCACUGUAAGGACGAAUGAAAUACUUACUCUCUUCCCGGCAACACGAAUGACAGCCGAAAUUUAUUACUUAGUGAGGUUGUAGGUGACUUGUUGACAUCACGCCCUUGCACACGAUCGCCUCAAAGUUCCAUCACCCCGAGGUGCAGAAGGGGCGGGGGCGGAAGGGGGGUUGGGGUGAGGGCGACAUCGCCUGGUACACUUAGCAAUAAUCUAUGAUAAAAUUCUAAAUUUUGUUUUCAAGUAUAGAAUGGCAAGUAAUCCAUUCUGUAAAAAUAGCCCUUUGUGUUUCGACGUUUCACCUCUCCGUUUUCUUCUGUUAAGAGUAUAAUAAAAUGAAAGAAAAAAAGAACUUUGCACAUUUGUUAUUUUUAGGUGACAUUUUGGGAGGGAGACGCCCUGGACCUGUGUCGCAGUGGUCUUCCAAAGGAUGCCGUCUUCGAUAUAAUUGACACAAGUAAUCUCAGUGACCAUGUUGGAUUAUUGAACAUUCUAGUAUGUUGCACAGACAGAUUGAAAGAGUAAGUUGUUCCUGAACUCGAUCUGAUAAAUGUGCGUAUGUUUUCGGUCCAAAGUCUUUUUUUAAUCCUAUUUAAAAUUCCAAUUUUGUUCUCUGACCGAGAGAUUUUUUUAAAUGAAGGCCAGAUCAGUCCCAGUUGUUUACAUCCUCUAUGCUAUGGAGAGCUUCCGGUCUAUCCAGUCUUCAGGAGUACUUAGAGUCGAGCCUUGGAGUACGGCAGAGUUUGUUUCCCACUGUUCUCGGGCUCAAACUUGCGGAGGACUUAGAUCUCGGAAGGAGGUAUGUUAUAACCUAAUCUGGCUUUACCACUUUCCUGCUCACUAUGCCAGUCCGCCUUUAUGUUUCCUCACUUGUACUUUGUUAAAUCUGUACUUGAGCAAAGUAGCCCACCCAGCUGGCGUUUAUCCUGGUUUCCAUUGCAUGAAGUGGCUAGGAGUAUUAAUAUUCUCCACUGGGUGGAAUGCCUGUCCACCAUCAGGCUUCCCUGAUCUUCCGCCGGUAUCUUCUAUAGGUUGGAGAGAAACACUAUGGCAGAAAAGAGUUUGCUUAAGAAUGCAACACAAUGAUCCGUGUAGGUCUCGAACCCAGACUUCUCGACCGGAGUACAGCACGCUAACCAUAAGGCCACCGCGACCCCCACCCUGCGCACAGUUGUUUUCUAUAUGUUUAUUUGUUUGUUUUUUCUUCUUCUUCUUCCCAUCUAUUUAUCUUUUAAUUUUGUUUGCUGGCACCAGCUUAAGUCAUCAGGGCACACAGUCCCUUCUCCAUGGACAGUAAGUACUCUAGUUAGAUGGAAACUUUCACCGAUCGGUAAAUUCGGCCUUUUAGAGAGGUCAUUGUUAACUUAGCCAUGUUAUCAAUAAUCGUUUGUUAUUUUCAGUGACAUAAUGACUCUGAAUGAAAGUCGAAGAAUAGAAGAUCGAAUGGUUUGGGUAAAAACCGAACGGGAAAGUUCGCCGAUCACUAUACGUAAGUCCUUUAAGGUAUAAUUCAAAGGGGAAUCCCUUGAGCUGGUCUCUCGGGAAUAACCGUCUCCAUUAUUAAUUCAGAUGACUCCGAAUCAUCUAAAGACUACUGCAAAGUGCAAAGAAAUACAUUCCACUCAACCCAAACUUCCUCCUUUCUCUAUAAAAUUACUUCAGCACUGCAGGGGCUUCACUAAUUCACCUUCUCUUAUUCCAACCAAAAGUCGAUGAAGAGGUCUGACUUCUCAUGCACUUUGAUACCAUCAAAGAUGCUGAGACAAUGUUAUUUCUCCUCAGUUCGUUCCCCAGAUGUUCUCUCUGCACUUAAGUCAUUGGCAGCCAGAUGCUUUAGACUCCCUUCUGCUAAUGAGCGUUGUCUGCAACUAAGUGGCGUGACCCUCUCCUCCCCUAUGACAUUUUUCAUGGCGUUUUUGCGAAUUGCAGUAACUUUCGAAGAGAAAGGUAAGUUGGGAUUAUUUAUAAAAAGACAAAACAAGAGAGUUUUCCAAUCAGGAGCCAUUCUUUGAAAGAAAUGUUUAAACCUUUGCCCCGAUAUAUUUCAAACUAAGAGAGGCGGUUAACAAAUGGUUUAUUCAGCUUACAUCUUCUUUGUACCUUUUUUCCAUUGAAAAUCACUUGAAGUUGUUGGCGGUUCUGUAUUCAUGAAAAAUAAAUUUAUUUGCCUUACUUACGAGUUUGAGUUGGCCUCUUUUUCUCAUCGAUUAUCACACAGACAACUAUUUGCAUAUCUCUGAUCCGAGCAGUAUGCCGCAUCAAUUUUACAUAUAAACAGGACCAACUUUGCAACUUAUUUUCUGCAAUUCAGUAGUGAGGCCCUCAAUUGGUGUGCAGUAAGUCAUACCUUCAAAUCUCUUCCCAACUCAGAUUAUCUGUCUUUUUUUCGCCUUUGCAGCUGCGUUUAUGCUGUUUUUUUUCCCCUAUGUUACAGCCGAACAGGUUCUUUGCUUUAUCGAAGAAUGCUUACCAUCCGUAAGACUUUUUAAAAAGCGAACUUUCAGUAAGCUUUGCUGCCUUUCGUGGAAUGUUCUCAAGUGUUUGGCUGGAGUAUGCCCAGGUAAAAAUAUUUUCAAAUGUUAUACUUUAUAUUCCUUGAUAUGUUGAAAAGGAUCAUGGUCUUAGCUUUAGGUUUUUCGUAGGCGUGGUUCUCAAAGCAGAAGUUCGUGUCACGUUUCCAAUCAGUUCUCUGUCACGCAACACCCCAGUCAUGCAAGCUGUCUUGUUUGAGGAUCCUACCGAUGCGAGGUUUCUUCGAGUGUGGCCUCUUUCACAGGUGAGAAGGAAAUGCGUUUUGAUUCGAAUAACAACUUAGUAAUUUAAUAAAAUUUUCUUUUUCUGGACUAGUUAGAGCAGAGGACAUUUCACCGCCCUGUGCAUUUGUUUUACAACAAUGUGCGCUACGAUGUUGACCAGGGAACUGUAAGCUUGUUAAUGCUUGAAGCGGAUUGGAAAGCUCUUCAUGAAGAAACAGUUCUUGUUUUGAUAAGUUCUUCUGUCAACUGCACUUCACAAGCUGUAAAAUUGAAACCUGAAACGAGAAGCUCCACGAAAACUUCUUGCUGUUUCAGGAAUGAAACAGUCAUGAUGACGAGCAAAACGGAUUACGAAAUGGUAGAGUUAAGUCAAGCAAAAAGACGCAUGCGCAAAUCCCGUCGGUCGAAAAAGAACUUGUCCUGUGUCAGAAUUAGCUGCGUCAGUGGUCACGUGGGCAAUGGACUCCAAAAGUAUGACAGCUGCUACCGUCUUGAGAUCCUCUCCAGUCAAGAUAUUAUCAUUCAAAACCCUGACCACGUGCACAAGAGUACAGACUGCUUAGUGGCUGAAGAGAGGCAAAAGAAAGCGCCUUCGAGUUUCGUCCCAUCAGGUAUCGAUUCUCCGUUUGAUCAGUUAGAGGAUGAAGUUUCACCAGAGACAAAAAACUCUGAUGUUGUCAUUAUUCAUAAUGAUGGUCACGCAACCGAAGAUGACAGUGAAAACGAGCUCCUAUCGACAACCGUGGAGCGAGUAGAUGACAUUACACAAUUCGGCCUGGGGUUACCUGAUGUGACAUUGGUGACGCGAGAGGUUUUAAAAACCGACCAGCUUGAGGUGGGAAGAUCUACUUUUUAUUUAUUUCUUUUACUGAUCUAUUUACUAUGUUUUCAACGAGCGAAUUUCAUGACAUGAACAAUUUCUAGCAGUUAUUGGGGAGAAAUUUCGGUUGGUCGGUCGGCUGGUUGGUCGAUUCCUGUAUACAUCCGGAAAUUUUCUUCACGUUGUAGUAUUGAAACGCUGAAAAUCGUAUGACCAUCGCGGGCUCAAAAAGUUUUUCCUCAGUGUCAGUGAAAGUGGAGAGUAUUUAUCACCACUUCGGUGAAUAUUUGUUAGUUAUCGAUGUCACUUAUGAGCACUGAUAGGUGGAAUUUUCGAAAAUAUGCCUAACAUGUUGGCCGGCUGUGUUAGAAGUUCGCCAGAACCACAACAUCUUGUAAUUCCAUACUCCUCUACCCUUUGAUUUCUUUUAUAGCUAAUUGUGGUGAUAAUCUUUCUUUUUGAUAUCGCUAUACUUUUUAAACACAGCUAUUGGCUUUGGAAGAACAUGCCAUGUGCUACAAUGCAGACAUUCUGAUUCUCAGAACAGCGGAAAUAACAGGUCCUAAAGUAAAAUAUUACCCGACGGACUUGCCCACUGCAGUGGAAAUCUCUACUGACUGUCAAGGGUAAAUGCAAUCUUCCCAAAUCAAAAAGCUAUCUGAUAAAGGUUUCCUGUUGUGGGCCUGGAGAUUCGUGCUGGGGCACGUUCCUUGGCCACUCCUAUUUCUGUUCAGUUGGUCAGUCAGUCAGUCAGCCAGUCAUUUAGUCAGUCAAGUACAAAGUCAGUCGGUCCGUCAGGAACACUGAAAGGGCAUUGCCAGAGUUUAGCCAAGGGUUCCAAUAAUGUUUUUGAAAAGUGGCGACCGAUGGUGUAAUAGACCGCUGCACCCGAUAUGACAAAACACAAACACGAUAGCGUACGCUAAACAGACGGCAGAAAGAACGCCGGUGGCUGGCUUUUAUUGAGACCCCUUUUUUUAGUUGUGGAUGGAGGGAUUUUGGUGGUGCCACAAUAAAACUUGCAUGACUUCCAUAAGGCUCCGUAAUAUUCUUUGGACCCUUCAUGUGUAGUUAAUAGGCCAUUUUACAGUUGUGUACUUAGUUGCCAAGUCUUUGAUUUGGAGUGAGGCUGAAGGUGACCUUGUUGCGAUUGAAACCAGUAUCUAGUUAGCAUGAUAACAAAGUAAUUUGCAUUUUAAAAGCAGCAAGGUUUGUAUCAUAACAAGGUCACCCUUAGCCUCAUUCUUGUUCAAAGGCUUGGUAACCAAGCACACAUCUGUAAAAUGGACUAAUUAGCAGUCAAUUUUCUAGAGUCCCCCCCUCACCCCUUUAUAUUCUGUUGGCGAUAACUGAUUUCCCCCUCAGUUCCCCUGAGAACUAUGUGAUCUCCCAAAAAAAAACCCGCCCCCUACGGUAAGACGUAAACGAUCAUAUUUUCCUUAACUUUAAGGAAACCCCUACAACUUCAUUUCGCUGCACCCGUAGACGAGAGGACAUCUAAAGUUCAGCUAUUAAAGGAUAAAAAGAGGCUUAGAUGCCAUUUUCCUAAGAGUGACCUGGGUGUGUAUGGACCAGUUUGUAUCAAGCGAAUUCCGUGCCUGGACUUUUCAAAUCUUCCAAUAUGGACUUCAAGAGAAGAUCUCAAGUAUGGCUAGCAACUAUAUAUGCAUCCGUAUACUUAACAGCUGCAAUUACUCUUUCAGUUCUAUUGCUCACAGUCUUGUUAACAAUAUAUUUCUUUCAAAUUUACGCCAGGAAGGAAAACUAUUUAAAAGAGAUAACAAAAGCCUUUGUUGGAGUAACUUGACUGCCCACUCUAGACGCUCUACCUAUCAAAGACCUUUUUUCAAAUCAUCUUCUCCAGCAAAUUUCGUCCUAAAUUUCUAAACAUCCUUGCUGCCUGAAUGUUGCAGGCCUCUCUUUCUGCAAUGAUUUGUUUCAUCACAAGGAUUUUAGGGGACCUCUUAUCAUCUCCAAACAAACUAUGAUUUUAAAAUAUCAUAGCGAACAAGUGUUUUUGCUUAGAGGCCAGAAUGUCCGUUUAAAGGUGAGGAACGAAAAGGAAGUUUUUUGCCGGUCAUAUUCAGCCGUUUACAUCUUUUUUUUUCUUUUUUGUUGCAGUAUCUUAAUGGAUUUUUAUCCUAUGGAUGAGGACAGAGCGGCUCCACAAGACAGAAAACCCUUUGAAAAUUUGCAAAAUGCUUUGCAAUGUGUAAUCAGGUCGUUUGUUGAAUCUCCCCAGGUAAUGAAUAUUACAAUUCCCUUUCGCUGCCCUGUUUUCUUGCCCAUUCUCUUACAUAAACGUUUUUUUUAACCUCUUUGUAAUGUUGAGCAGUUCUCAUUAAUGUUACAAAACUGCCCUGCGCAUAUAACUGGAGGGUUUCAAAACUGUAAUAAACAGGACAGUUUUGUUAAGCUUUCUGUUGAGAUGAAAGCUCCGUGGAAUCUAUUACAAUUAAUGCUUAGUAAAGAUCCAGUAACAAUGAUUGCUCAACAGUGUGCAACUGAGUUAAUCGCUCGAAGUCUGGUCUAGGGAACCAGGGAUCUAAAACCUGAACUUACCCAGGUUUUUGCAUGAGUACACAUCACAUUUAUUCUCCCCAAAUUCGUAUAUAUCACAAAUUACUCUCUUUUCCUAUUGCUUAUAAAUUAAAUAAGAACAUUUUCCUCAUUUUCGUGGUCUUUGAAUACCACUGUUAACCAGCAAUCACUCCUCCCGAAGCUGUGGGUACUAUUGGCCAUAAUACCCUGACCUAAACUAAUGACUUAUUGGACAAUAGUCGGGUAUGUACGUGUCUUGAAGGCCGACAAUACACAAUCUGAGAAAAUAAUGCCCCAAUUAUUUCCUCUUGUACACCUAUCAAAUGUGAUUUCAAUUCUUUGCUUUGGUCUCAAUCUGCAGGAAAACAAUUGUUUCACAAUUCACGAGCCACGUGAUGCAAGAGAGGAUUGUCCGCCAAACUUCACCAUUGUCGUGCAAAACAUUUACUGUCACCAACAGGUCCCACUGGCGAAAGUUCUCUUCUGUGACCAUAGAGAGAUACCCUUUCCCUUAGAGGGCAACGGAACUGCUACUACAGCUACUACUGUAAAAUACAAAGAGCUUUUACAACAAGUGAUGGCGGGCAGAAAGGAGAGUCCCAUGGUGCAGGUCACAAAAGAGGUAACAAACUGAAACAAAUUAAGUGUGCCGUGGUUUCAACUCUGAAUUUGAAUAGCUGAAGGGAGAAUAGCUGUUUUUUUUUUCUCGUUAGCCUUUAUCCUACGUUUAUCCUUCGUGUCAAAAGUCUUGUGUUCGAACCUGGCCGAGUGUUAUGCUACUGGGCAAGUGACGUAACUCUCUUAGUGCCUGCCCACCAUCAGGAUGGUUACCAAGCCGGAAAAUUGUCAAGGAAAUCUAAGCAUAUCUCCGUGUAACAACCCUAAUUAAACUGUCAUUCCAUAAUGAAAGCGUAGCAAUACUCUAAGAAAUCAUUCAUUUACAAAAAUCGGGAUAAGCCUCUGAAGCUACGCGAAUUAAAGCAUACCUUGCUGCCUUUCAACAAAGGUCAUAGUAUUGCUUAGCUUUAUCCCCCAGUCUCCUCCGCCCCUGCACUUAGUAUAACCCAUGAAAAGACAUUUUCUCUUUUGUAGGGUCAAGUUCUAUUAAAAAGACUACUGUAUUCUAAUGCAAAACGCUUGAAGCAAACUGCCACACAUGACCCAGUAUGGAUGGACUCAUUCCUGCAGCUGAGAUUCAGCAGCGAUAAUAUUUGCUAUGACAUUCUGGAAUGA